GUGGGAGGACAUUUCAACAUACAGAGCUGAGCUGCCCUUUUCCAUUCAGCACUACAGAGCUAUUAACUUAGGCAAUUUUUGGGGAGUUCGGAUCAAGCCCGAACAUCAAAUGACAUUUCUUGUGUGUUCCACCAUAUUCUGGUCACUUCUAGCCUCAUUAUUGAUGCUAGAUUUUUGUGCGUCCAUGGAUUCACUGAACCAAUCCCAAUCGAUGAGUGAGGACGAGACGUUAAUCUCCCCCGGAGGAAAGUUCCAGCUGGGGUUUUUCAGUACAGACAACUCGAGCAAACGUUAUCUUGGGAUAUGGUUCUAUGAUAUUCGAAUUAGAACGAUCAUUUGGGUUGCGAAUAGAAAUAAACCCCUCGAGAGCUCACCAGGCCUUUUGAAGAUCGAGCAUGGGAAUCUUGUCAUCCAAAACCACUCCGGACAAGCGAUUUGGGCGUCGAAUACUCAGAAUUUAUCCUCAAGCAGCACAACUGCAAAGCUCCUUGAUUCCGGAAACUUGGUUUUGAAAUACGGUAACUCCGAAAGUUACCUCUGGCAGAGUUUCGAUCAUCCUACUGAUACAAUGCUGACGGGAAUGAAAGUUGGUUGGGACUUCAAGGCCGGAAUGGAGAAGCAACUUAUGUCAUGGAAGAGUGCACUGGAUCCUUCUCUGGGACAAUUCUCCUUCAAAUUGGAUCCCAGUGGAUUUCCACAGGGUAAGAUGUUCGAGGGCAACAUCACGAGGUAUAGGAGCUUUCCUCAUUUCGGCAGUGUCCAUGCAGCUUUCAGUUCAGCCUACAUCCCGAAAUUGGUAAAUGGUUCUGAGGGAGCGUACUUCUCGUAUGAUCUUCGUGACAAGAACACAUUGCAAAGAUAUCUCUUGAAUUACACAGGCAAGCUCCAACAUUACAUAUGGAUGAUCCAAACACUUGAUUGGAUGCUUCUAUAUGAGUUACCAAAUGAUUCGUGCGAUGAAUAUGCAAAAUGCGGUCCUAAUGCAGUCUGCGUCGAAGCAAAAUCUCUCCGUACAUGUAAAUGCCUUCCGGGUUAUGUGUCCAAGUCAGCUGAAGGCUCAGACACGCUCAACCCAUGGUACUCGGGUGGGUGUACAUGGAAAAGCUCGUUUAAUUGUUCAGGUCCUGAAGGUUUUAAAGGGGUGAAGGGGGUGAAGUUGCCUGAUUUGUUGCUGUUUGAGAUGAAUACUACCAUGACCCUGAAGGAAUGUGAGAACUUUUGCUCGAGGAAUUGUACUUGCACUGCCUAUGCAAGCACAAGUGAAAGCACGGACAAAGACAAGACAGGCUGCGGGUUUUGGUUUGGAGAUCUUCUCGACAUAAGGGAAGCUAAUGACAACUACAGGACUAAUGAAAUUUUCAUCCGGGUUAUUGCAUCAGAGCUAGAAGGAGAUUCCAAGAGGACGAAGUGGGUGGUUGCUGUGGCAGUGGUUCUAUCAGUAUCUUCUGCAAUGUUUUGUUUGUGGGCUUCCUGGACUAGAAGAAAAGGCCAAGGGGCAAAUGUUGAUGUUCAUGCUGAAGAAGAGGAGAAUUUCGAAUUACCUGUGUUCAAUGCAGUCAUGAUUUCACAAGCAACUAACAAUUUUUCCUGUUCCAAUCAGAUAGGGAAGGGAGGCUUCGGGCAUGUUUACAAGGGUGAGCUACCAAAUGGGCAAGAAAUUGCUGUCAAGAGACUGUCAGAGACUUCUAAGCAAGGCCUCAAUGAGUUCAAAAAUGAGGUCAUGCUGAUUGCAAAACUUCAGCAUCGAAACCUCGUGAAACUUUUGGGUUGUUGCAUUGAAGGACGAGAGAGGAUGUUAGUGUAUGAGUACAUGCCCAAUGGAAGCCUGGACUCCUUUAUAUUCAGUACAAUGGAAGGAAGUUGUUUAGCUUGGAGGAGGAGAUUUAACAUCAUUGUGGGAGUGGCCAGAGGACUUCUUUAUCUUCACCGGGAUUCAAGGUUGACGAUUAUACAUCGGGACCUUAAAGGUGGCAAUGUGCUGUUGGACAACAAGAUGAACCCAAAAAUAUCGGAUUUCGGCAUGGCCAGGACAUUUAGGGAGGAUCAACUCUUAGAGAAAACCAAAAGAAUAGUUGGCACUUUCGGCUAUAUCUCACCAGAAUAUGCUGCAGAUGGGAUAUUCUCAAUAAAGUCGGACGUCUUCAGCUUCGGAGUGCUUGUGCUCGAAAUAGUGUGUGGCAAAAGGAACAGAGAGUUUCACCAUCCUGACCACCAUUUCAAUCUUAUUGGGCAUGCGUGGAAACUAUGGGUCGAGGGGAAAGCAUAUGAGCUAAUAGAUGGACGGAUGGAGGAUUCUUUCCCACUUUCAGAAGUUAUGAGAUGCAUACAAGUUGGACUCUUGUGUGUGCAAAAAUGUCCUGAAGAUAGACCGACCAUGUCCUCUGUGCUCCUGAUGCUGGACAGCGAGACUGCAACACUUCUUCAGCCCAAGGAACCAGGCUUCUACCUGGAAAGGAUCCCUGAUGGAACAAAAAUCAUAUCAAAUAGAAGAGAGUACAGUGCGAAUGAGAUUAGUAUAACUCUAGUGGAUGGUCGGUAGAGUUGGGAUCGAUCUUUUGUCUUUUCCUAUUGGCGUGGAAAAUAUUUAGCUUAUGGGGAUUAAACUGAAUAAUAUUUACCUAUCCUAUUGCUCAAUUGGGUCGAGUCGAUUUUGACAGUGAGCGAGGAAGAUGCAAAAAUAUGUGCUACAUGAUUGACAACUUCUUGUUUGAUUUUGAAGGAACAGAAAGUCUCCAAGUGAACUUUCUGUUAUGGCA